UUUUGGGAGGGAGGGAAAUUGGCCUUGUGCGAUUCCUUGGCAAGGAAAAGCACCCAAAGGUGGGGCAUUGCCUUUGUGCCUCAGUGACAGCGUUAUUAUGUAGACGAAGGGGAGGGGGGCAUCAAACUUUAUUUCCCACUGUGGAUCCCUGAGAGGAAGGCCUUGGUAGAAAUAUAAAAAUAUAAUAAAUUGUAUGGAUAUUCUUAUCUCAUUUGCCCAAAGUACGACCCUGUAAGGUAGGCAAGAAUGCUGUUAAGCUUUCCACCUUGUCCACCCACUGUGCCAGUGGCCUCAUGCACUCCCACUCUAUCUAUCUAUCCAUCCCACCCUUCCUCCCAGCAGAAGCCCAAUAGGCCACAUGCACAAGGCCGAUUUGCGCUGUCCUGGCCGUGAUAGCCGAUCAGUAUGCGCACAGGCUUUUGUUUUGUGACCCAGACGUGAGUUAAGGCCCCGUAACAAGAGCCUGAAAUUGUUCACAGAUUGGAGGAGCAACUCUGGGUUGGCCAGGAAGUAAAGGCUUUGCGGAAGCAGGAGGGGAUAUAAGAGGAGAGGGAGAGAGUGAAGGCCGGAUUGGGGGGGGGCGAAGUAGGUGAGAAGGGCCUAGAGAACCAUCUGGGAGAAAUGGGGAGGGGUCUGACAUAGAGUUAGGGCCUAAAUAUGAAGGCCUUUUGUAGGUCAAGCAUCCCGAGGGAAACUGAGCAGAGAGGAAAGUAGCGUGCCAUUUAUAUCUAUAUUUAUCUAUCUAUAUAUCUCGGGGGGGUAAAGAAAGGCCGGGGAAGGAACUGGCAAUCCCACCCCAUAUAUACGGUCUGCCUAGUAAACGUCGCAAGACGUCACCCUAAGAGUCGGAAACAACUCGCACUACAAGUGCGGGGACACCUUUAUCUUUAUCUAUCUAUCUAUGUAAAUGUACUGCCUUUAAGUCGAUUCCAACUUAUGGUGACCCUAUGAACAGGGUUUUCAUGAGACUGAGAGGCAGUGACUGGUCCAAGGUCACCCAGUGAGCUUCAUGACUGUGUGGGGAUUCGAACCCUGGUCUCCCAGGUAGUAGUCCAACACCUUAACCCCCCCCCUACUUACAUGGUCUAGAUAUCUUAACACAUAGAUAGAAAAGAAUUAAUAUAUUUAAGUCUCACCCACAGGGACUCAGAAUUUCCAGGCAAUAAUCUGCUGGAUACAUUAGAUCAGUCCACGAAAGACUGAUCGAAAACUGCAGGAGACAUCUCUCUUUUAUAGACUCUCUUGUUUGUUGUGACUGGAACACAUAUGUAGCCAGUCCAUGUGAGGGUAGUUAAAGUCACCCUUUAUGACAACCUUUCCUCUUUUGGACUGAAAUCAUUUAAACGACCUCUUUCUUGCCUGUGCACAGUAUUGAGGGUUCUUCACCUUUUCCGUUAAGCCUAAAGCUGUUUAGAGUCCUUGUAUGUCAGCAACUGCACUCACCUGGGCUUGCACAGUUUCCAACAGCAGAGUAUCUGAACAGGCAGAUCUAAAGAGGAAGCCCCACAGAGACUUAUCUCAGGACUGAGGAUAAAUGAGGAAAAAUAAUGGCGUUCCACAGCUGAAGGAGAUUAUGCUUUUCAUUGACUACACAUUUCUAUGUGGAUAUAUGUGAGCAUACAUCAACUCUGCCCAUAGCCAGUAAAUCAGAAUUAAUAAUAUAAAUCCAUGUUUAUUAAGUAAUACAGUAUGUUAUUCAGGAAUUUCACACAAUAUACUUAUAAAGUCUACAUACAGUAUGUCUCGAGUACUUAAUUACUCUUGGAGCCCAGUAUCGCCACCCACAAUGAUUCUGACCCACCCUUCCUCUCAAAGGGGUCCUGGGCAGCCUGAUUUCUGUGUGCCUCCUCUGGAUACAUGGGAAGGGAGGGGUGGCCUCCAGGUUAAAGUUUCCUUUCAGUCUGCUAAGAAAUCCCCCAAAUUAAUUACCUGGAAUGGUUUCCAUAUUGCCACUGAGCUGAGCUUUAUGUACAGUUGCCAGUUCACAAGUGCCAGUGGGUUCCACAUACGCCUGUCUAUUCAUCACCAGGAGAUCUCCGAUCCUCCCUUUCUUGGAAUUUGGGAAGGGGCCACAGCAAUGGGUGGACAUGGAAUGCCUGGAUAAUUUAGGUUCAGAACUAACCAGCUUGUCUCUUCCUUUGAAAGAAAUAUCCAAACAGGGCUUCAUCUCUUCACUGGAAGGACAAGCUCCCAUUGGAUGGGGCGUUGAUGAAGGGGAGAUAUCUGCAGCAGAUGAUGGGCAGAAGAAUGAGAAUUAUAGGAAAUCACCGAUGGUGUCAUUGGUAAUAGCCAAGGGUGAAGCAUAAAAAGAGAUAGUUGAAAAUGACAGGAGCCCAAAACCAUCUGAAGGAAACCAGUCAAAGAAUGGGAGGAAGAAAUCCUCUACUUCUCAGAGUUUGCCUCACAGAAUGCACAGAGGAAAGAAAUCAUUUAAAUGCAUGGAAUGUGGAAAGAGCUUCUCUCUAAGCGGUAACCUUACUAAACAUCAAAGAAUACACACAGGGGAGAAACCAUUUGAAUGCAUGGAGUGUGGAAAAAGCUUUAGUGUGAACUCUCACCUUACCACUCAUAAAAGAAUCCACACAGGGGAGAAGCCAUUUAAAUGCAGGGAGUGUGGACAGAGCUUCAGCGUAAGCUAUAGCCUUACUUUACAUCAUAGAACACACACAGGGGAGAAACCAUUUAAAUGCAUGGAAUGUGGAAAGAGCUUCUCUCUAAGCGGUAAACUUACUAAACAUCAAAGAAUACACACAGGGGAGAAACCAUUUGAAUGCAUGAAAUGUGGAAAGAGCUUCAGUCAAAGGGGUAACCUUACUAAACAUCAAAGAAUACACACAGGGGAGAAACCAUUUGAAUGCAUGGAAUGUGGAAAGUGCUUCAGUGAGAACGGUACCCUUACUGUACAUAAAAGAACCCACACAGGAGAGAAGCCAUUUAAAUGCAUCCUGUGUGAAAAGAGCUUCAGUCAGAACUGUGACCUUUCAUCACAUCAAAGAACCCACACAGGGGAGAAGCCAUUUAAAUGCAGGGAGUGUGGAAAGUGCUUCACUGACUGUGGUAGCUUCACUAAACAUCAAAGAACCCACACGGGGGAGAAACCAUUUAAAUGCAUGGAGUGUGGAAAGAGCUUCAGUGAGGGAGGUAAGCUUACAUUACAUCAAAGAAUCCACACUGGGGAGAAACCAUUUAAAUGCAUGGAGUGUGGAAAAAGCUUUAGGGUGAACUCUCACCUUACCACUCAUAAAAGAAUCCACACAGGGGAGAAGCCAUUUAAAUGCAGGGAGUGUGGACAGAGCUUCAGCGUAAGCAAUAGCCUUACUUUACAUCAUAGAACACACACGGGGGAGAAGCCAUUUAAAUGCAGAGAGUGUGGACAGAGCUUCAGCAUAAGCAAUAGCCUUACUAUUCAUCAAAGAACGCACACAGGGGAGAAACCAUUUAAAUGCAUGGAGUGUGGAAAGGGCUUCAGUGCACGGAGUAACCUUACUAGUCAUCAAAGAAGACACACAGGGGAGAAACCAUUUAAAUGCAUGGAGUGUGGACAGAACUUCAGUCAAAGGGGUAACCUUACUAUUCAUCAAAGAACACACACGGGGGAGAAGCCAUUUAAAUGCAUGGAGUGUGGAAAGACCUUCAGCGUAAGCAGUAGCCUUACUUUACAUCGUAGAACACAUACGGGAGAGAAACCAUUUAAAUGCAUGGAGUGUGGAAAGUCCUUCAGUAUAAGCAGAAGCCUUACUUUACAUCAUAGAACACACAUGGGGGAGAAACCAUUUAAAUGCAUGGAGUGUGGAAAGAGCUUCAGUGAGGGGCGUAAGCUUACAUUACAUCAAAGAAGCCACACCGGGGAGAAACCAUUUAAAUGCAUGGAUUGUGGAAAAAGCUUUAGGGUGAACUCUUACCUUACCACUCAUAAAAGAAUCCACACAGGGGAGAAGCCAUUUAAAUGCAGGGAGUGUGGAAAGAGCUUCAGUCAAAGGGGUAACCUUACUAUUCAUCAAAGAACGCACACGGGGGAGAAACCAGUUAAAUGCAUGGAGUGUGGAAAGACCAGUAUAAGCAGAAGCCUUACUUUACAUCAUAGAACACACAUGGGGGAGAAACCAUUUAAAUGCAUGGAGUGUGGAAAGAGCUUCAGUGCAGGGGGUAACCUUACUAGUCAUCAAAGAACGCACACGGAAGAAACCAUUUAAAGGCAUGGAGUGUAGAAAUAUCUUCAGUAUAAGCAGAAGCCUUACGUUACAUCAAAGAACGCACACAAGGGAGAAACCAUUUUAAUGCAGUGAGUGUGGGAACAGUUUUAGUGUAAGGAGUAACCUUACUAGUCCUCAAAGAAUACACAUUUAAAGUAAUAGAAUGUACAAAGAACUUUCGUGUGAGCCUUGCCCUACAUCUGUAAACUAUAGGGCUGGUGGGAUUUAUGUAGUCCAAGAUAAUAUUUAGCAAUGUUAAGUUUUUAGUUAAUUUAAAUUUUGCGGGCUACAAAUAUUAAAGCCCUAUGUAGCUUGGACCAGGAUACCCAAAAUAUAGUCUCACCUGCUAUCUACCAAACCAGUCAUUGCAGUCUGCAGCAGAGGGCUUCUUGGCACAUAUCUAAUCAGUAGGUCUAUUCUGUAUGAUGAACGCAGUAUUUAGUGUGCUGGCACUUACCUUCGGAACUUUCUGCUGUUACAUAUUAGGCGGUGUCUAUUUUUCUUUUUGAUGCCUCUUGAAGACCUUCCUGUUUCAACAAACCUUUUAAGGGGAGAUCUUUAUCCCACUCUGUAUCUGUAUUGGAUUUUAAAAUUAUUUUAAUUGUUUUUAUGUGUUAACCGUGUGAAAUUGUUUUUAUUUGUGGCAUUUUUGAUAUACAAUGCUUUGCAAAAGCAAUCAGACCCCAGACCAAUGCUCUCAUAUUACUAAAUUACAAAUGGUACAUUGUAAUUUCGUUCUGUAUAUUUUAUUUUGAAACACUGAAACUCAAAAUCAAUUAUUGUAAGGUGACAUUGGUUUUAUGUUGGGAAAUGUUUGUGAGAAACAUACAAAACUGAAAUAUGUUGCUUGCGUAAGUAUUCAACCCCCACACAUUAAUAUUUGGUAGAGCCACUUUUCGCUGCAGUAAUAGCUUUAAGUCUUUUGCAACUUCCUGCAUCGCUCUGGGGGAGAGGCAUCUCAGUUUUCCAAAGGGCCAAUGAACUGCACUCUGGUUCUUAGAGAGGCGGGAAGUUUUAAUCACAAGGGGGGGGAGAUACAAUACUGAAUGAGGAGGAGGGGCGGCUUCAUUCCUUCCCUCCCUCUGGGAGGAGAAAUCAGCCUUGGAGAACAGGAGGCUGGCGCUUACAGAGGGCAUUGGGAUGCAACAUGGAGAGGGGAUUGGGGGGGAA